ACAGGCAAGAAAUUUGUCUUUCCCAAAUAUUUCCCUUUGGGACAGUGUCCCAUUUAACGGGUUAAAUAUUCUUAGCACCAAAGUUGGGGGCAAAGUUUGAUACCCAGGGCAGCAAAAUGUCAUUUUCCAGGAUCUGGCCACUGUACCUUUUUGUACUCUUGGGUGCACUGCAUCUUGGGAAAACUCAGGGGUUAAACAACUUGUAUGGUAUAGAAAAUAUUCACAUGGUGAGUGACCUCAAUGAUAUUGUCAACAUCAAGGACUUGCAGAAAAGGGCAGUGUUCUAUACCAGAGACUGUGAUGAACUCUACAAGCUUGGACACACAAAAAGUGGCCUGUAUGUAAUAAGGCCAAAAGGAUCACCUAAACUUGUGGUCCAGUGCUACAUGUAUGACUGCAACGGCUGGACAGUCAUUCAGAGGAAUAGCUUCAACACGGAGAUAACCUGGAGCAAUGCCUGGAAAACAUACAAAUACGGCUUUGGCAAUAUCGAGUCGGACCACUGGCUUGGAAACAAAUACAUUCACCUGCUGACUAGUCAGAAGUGGAACAAGGUCAGGAUCAUCCUAACAGAUGCAAAUAAUAAGUCAAAGCAUGCAGAGUAUGACAGCUUUUAUAUUAAAGGUGAGGAUGACAAUUACCAGCUGAGAUUAGGGGCAUACAGUGGCACAGCCGGGGAUUCUCUGUCCAACGGAACCUUGAAGAACAUGCACGACAACAUGAGGUUCUCAGCACACGACAAUGACAACGAUCGGAGCCAUAAUAUCAAAUGCGCUGACCAGUUCGGGGGAGGCUGGUGGUAUGACGCCUGCUACGAUUCCCAGCUCAACAGGGAGACUGGAAUCCACUGGCAAACACUGUGUGACCACAACUGCCAGACAUCACUCAUCUUAAUCAAGCCUGCCCAUAUGUACUGCCACAGGGCAUAGUGCAAUAGGCAGGCAGCAUUAGUCUUUGCAUAUUAACAGAAAAAAAAAUAUUCACCUUUCUUUGCUGAUGGGAUGGCAUUUUACAAAGGCAGAGCAGCAGGGUACAAUAAUACCAUAUUUAUAUAUAUUAA